AGGGGAGCAUGCGCAGUGGAGUCACGCCACGUGGGGCGGAAAGAUGGCGCCGGAGCCCCACAAGAGGGAAGAGCAGGGCGGCCCGGCGGUGUUCUUCCUGCACCCGGACUUGGGCAUCGGGGGCGCCGAGCGGCUGAUCGUAGACGCGGCUGUCGCGCUGCGCUCGCGGGGCUGCCGCGUACAGAUCUGGACACCGCGCUUCGACCCCUCGCGCUGCUUCUCGGAAGCGCGGCAGCUGGAGGUGCGGACGGCGGGGGGCUGGCUGCCGCGGAGCAUCCUGGGAAGGGGCCACGCGCUCUGCGCCGCGCUCCGCAUGGUCUGCCUCGCGCUGCACGUGGUGCUCCUCAGUGGCGAGGAGCCCGACGCCUUCGUCUGCGACCAGGUGUCUGCCUGCAUUCCAGUCCUCCGCCUCUUCCGGACGCGCAAGAAGGUUUUGUUUUACUGUCACUUCCCUGAUCAGCUCCUAACAAAGAGGGAAUCCUUUAUUAAGCGUCUCUAUAGAGCACCAUUGGACUGGUUGGAGGAGUAUACAACUGGCCUGGCAGACUGUAUUCUGGUCAACAGCUGUUUCACAGCAAGCGUUUUCAAAGAAACCUUCAAAUCCUUAUCCCACGUGAAUCCAGAUGUCUUAUAUCCUUCCUUGAAUUUUAGUAGAUUUGAUACCGUCGUUUCAGCCGACGUAGCUAGCAUAGUUCACAAAAGGAGAUUCUUGUUUCUUUCCAUCAACAGGUAUGAAAGGAAGAAAAACCUAAUAUUGGCUUUGGAAGCCUUGCAUGAACUUCGCAGUAGACUUGAUGCUCAUGAAUGGAGUGAAACUCAUCUGGUUUUAGCUGGUGGCUAUGAUGAAGCAGUCCAGGAAAAUGUGGACUAUUAUGAAGAACUGAAAGCUGUUGCUGCUAGGCUUGGUGUUGAAGAACAGGUCACAUUCCUGCGAUCAUUCUCCGAUGAGCAGAAAAUAGCUCUUCUUAGUAGCUGUAUUUGUGUGCUGUAUACACCAAGUAAUGAACACUUUGGCAUUGUUCCUUUAGAAGCGAUGUACAUGAAAUGCCCGGUCAUUGCAGUAAAUUCAGGGGGACCUUUGGAAUCCAUUGUCAACAAUCAGACUGGUUUCUUGUGUGAGCCUCUUCCAACCCAGUUUGCAGAAGCCAUGGAGAAAUUUGUGAAGGACCCUGCUUUAAAGAGAGUAAUGGGAGCUGCGGGAAGAACCAGAGUUCUGGAAAAGUUCUCCUUAGAAGCAUUCACUGAAAAGCUGUAUCAGUAUAUUCAUAGAUUAAUGCAAUAAAAAGUAAGGCAUUAUGGAGGGUGUUGGUCUGUAAUGUCUUAAUUUUUAUAGUCUGAGCUAAACCACUGUGAAUGAUUGAAAUUGGAUGUGAUUUCACUAACUACACCUGUUUGGAUCAUUUGAUCAAAUUUCAUUCUGUCAUGUAAUGAAAUACUUGAAUAUUUGAACAAGUUUUAUGAAAUUUGGAUGCUUUUGUUUACAUGAUUUGUUGAAGAGAAGUAAAAUUAUUAAAAUGUUUACCAUGUGA